AUGCUAUUUCCCUUGAAGACUGCUUUCCCUCAGCUUGUUGUGCAAGGUUUCGACUUCUCACCGCGAGCCAUUCAAAUGUGCUCAGACAGAGCAAAGGAUCUUGACGUGAUUUCAGAUUAUUUGUUUGUUAGAUAUCCUCAGGGUCUUAAAGCCACGAAACCAGAGCAACCAAAUUUAACUUCCUAUUUGGCAAAAUCAGCAGCACCAACACUAGACCAUCACCAGACACUAGAACGAAGGAACAUUAACAUACGUUUUCGAGUCCCAGUGUGCACAUUAAUCAGUUUGGUAGAGAACGUUGAAUGGCUGCGUUACCGUAGAUUGUUGAUUCUAGUCAUGAUAGAGUUGACGUUAGUGGAUCUGUCGAUUCCUUCGGAUAAAUCCAAUUUUUCUACACAAGCCGAUAUUGCUACGCUAAUUUAUGUGCUAUCUGCUAUUCAUCCAGAUAAACACGCAGUUGCUGUGAAGAACAUGCGUAAAUAUGUCAAGGUUUGUACUACCCAGAGACAAGAAUAUUUUGAGACUGGAGGUAGUGUUAUUGUUCGCGACUAUGGUGUUAACGAUUACGCGAUGAUACGCUUCAAAAGGGGAGCGAAACUUGCCGAUCGUUUUUAUGUUAGGCAGGAUGGAACUCGAUCUUACUACUUCCGAAUAGAAGAAUUAGAGGAACUAUUCAAAUCAGCUGGAUUCGUGUGUCUUCGAAAGGAAUACUUGCAUCGGCAAACUAUCAAUCACCAGAAACAGCUUAAUGUGCCAAGAAUAUUUGUGCAAGCUCGAUUUGUGAAGCGUUAG